AUUCUAUUUUGAAAUCCGGUUAGAAGGCUUAAUGUAAUCAUUGAGCUUCUAAUUUUAGCUCUAUUCGCGAUCCUUCGAGAAACUGGGAUGCUCCGGUUAAAGCAAGAUGAAGAAAGAAUUGUUACCCUGAGAGCGAUAGAGAUGCCCGGCAUUUUAAUCGGACAUUCUGACGUCAUUCAUAUUUGGUUUCGGCGCUCGUGUUCGCUACGCCAAGCCGGUCACGUGCGUUUGUUAUGCUUUUUUUUUUCUCAGAGCGCAUAACACCAACGGAGGAGAAACGAUUUUAGAUAGCAAAUGACUUUCUUAUUGUGCAGACGUGAUUUCUUUUAUCUGCGCUGUUACUUACAUUACCAUUGUAAUUCUCGAAUAUUGAACAACAAAAAUAUUAGAGCCAACCACAGUUGGUUUACUGGGAAAUAGACAAAUUUCACUAUAUUUCACGGAGACGCAGAACAUAGAAGCAUCUUUUCUCUAGUCUGUGGAGAACGUAUCCGUUUCAGUUUUUGGCGUUGUGAGAAUCUCCUCUCAUCGCUGAAUAUUAUUUCGUCGUAGGAUUGUCAGUAGUGGAGUAUUUUUUUUCUGGAGACACAGAUUAAUAUUUAACAGGAUAGUUUCAAUGACUCACAACGGGCAGGCUAUGAAUGGUACACCGGGGAAGACGAGUGCUCUCGAUGGUGGAGCAUCUCCAGAUCCUCUGAUUGAGAAACCAAACUUCAAGAAUGGUCCUGAUGGAAAGUAUGUGAGUUUGAAUGAUGUAUCAGCCGCUCAAGACAUCGAGCCAUAUGACAACGAAGAUGACCAAGCUCGAGGGAAAUGGGGAAGUAAGAUUGACUUCCUCCUCUCCUGUGUGAGCUAUGCUGUUGGUAUUGGAAAUGUUUGGAGGUUUCCUUUUCUUUGCUUCAAAAAUGGAGGUGGUGCUUUCUUGAUUCCUUACAUCCUGAUGUUGGUCCUGGCUGGCCUUCCAUUGUUCCUCCUUGAGAUGAGCUUUGGUCAGUUCACUAGUGUAGGAUGUCUUGGAAUCUGGAAGAUCUGCCCCAUGUUCAAAGGUAUUGGUUACGGAAUGUUGAUCAUCUGUUUCUUGGUAUCGAUCUACUACCAAGUGAUCCUGGCCUACACCAUCUUCUAUCUCUUCUCCUCUUUGACGUCUGUCCUACCGUGGGCAAGCUGUGGACAUGGUUGGAACACAGAUAACUGCACCAGUGAGAGAAUAAAGGAUGAUAACUCAACUUUCAACCUCACAACCCUGCUAAACCCUAAACCACCCAGUGAGGAAUAUUUCUACAACCAUGUAUUGGGUAUCAGUAGUGGUGUUCAUGAUCUUGGUGAUGUCAAGUGGAAGCUUGCUCUCUGUUUGUUGGCUGCAUGGGUCAUCACGUUCCUCUGUCUCAUUAAGGGUAUCAAGACCUCCGGAAAGGUGGUAUACCUGACGAGUACCUUCCCCUACCUUGUCCUCUUCAUUCUUUUUAUCCGUGGAGUCACCCUUGAGGGCGCUGUUGAUGGGAUCAUAUUUUACAUGAAACCAGACAUCGUCAAACUUGCAAAGCCACAGGUUUGGCAAGAUGCAGCAACCCAAAUCUUCUUUUCUUUAGGUGUGGCUUUUGGUUCUCUUCAUACUCUAUCAAGUUAUAACAAAUGGAAAAAUAAUUGUUACAGGGAUGCUUUAAUAGUAUCUGUCAUCAAUUGCUUAACCAGUAUAUUUGCUGGUUUUGUAAUAUUUUCAGUACUUGGUUUUAUGGCCAAUCAAGCAGGUGUUUCAGUUGAAGAUAUAGUUACUUCAGGUCCUGGUCUUGCAUUUGUAGCCUACCCAGAGGCCAUCGCUAGAAUGCCCAUUUCACCUCUUUGGUCUAUUCUUUUCUUCACUAUGCUCUUCAUGUUAGGACUCGGAAGUCAGUUCUGCCAGUUUGAGACUGUAAACACAGGAUUGGCCGAUGAGCUUGAAAAAUACAACAAAAAUUUUAGAAAGUACAAGUGGUGUAUAACUCUUACAAUGUCAAUCAUAUGCUUCCUUCUUGGAUUACCUUUAGUUUGUGAGGGAGGGAUGUACCUUGUUAAUCUCAUGAAUGAUUUCUCAGGCGGUCUCUCACUCGUCUUCAUUGGAAUGUUUGAGACUGUCGUCAUCACUUGGUUCUAUGGUGCAGACAAAUAUCUUGAUAAUAUUGAAGCUAUGCUUGGAUUCCGUCCUAAUAUUUACUGGAAGGCCUGCUGGAAAUACAUCUCCCCUGUUUUCUUAUUAGUGGUGAUAAUCUUUUCAUUGGUGAUGUACGAACCCAGUAAAUAUGGCAGUCAUUACACCUAUCCUAGCUGGGCUGAGGCUAUGGGAUGGAUGAUGACUAUUGUUUCAUUGGUUCCUAUCAUUGUCUAUGCUAUCUGGUUCAUCUGGAAACAAGAUGCAUCCACUAUCAAGGAGAAAUUACGAAUGGCAUCUCGUCCCGCCGUUGACUUUGGGCCCGUUCUCAAUCUUCAUCGCAAAGAAGCCGGUUUCCCACCUCUGCCAAGCCGCUCUCAGAACGGCCACGGCACGCUCGAUGAAACCAACAAUACAUUCGUCUGAGGUGUGGAACAUACCAUUCAGUUUAAGGGGUGCAUUCGAUUGGGAAUAUAAUGGGUGUAAAACACCACUCCCUUUAUGAAAACCAAGGAUCUAAAAAUAAAAACCUACAAAAUGAAUAUUAAACUACAAGUGCUGCCAAGAGAAUGUUAUGUUUGUUGUUUGCUGAAUUUAUUUAUCAUUAUUAUUAUUAUUUUUUUUUUUUUUGGGGGGGGGGGAUGUUGAUCAAAUCUGUCUAUUGACUGGAUAUUGGCAUAAUUGUAUUUAAAAUAUUGUUAUUAGGGCACGGAAGGUGUCUGGCAUUUUAAGAUUUUAAGGAUCCUUUGGGAUGUCAAGGACACCCAAGUCCAUUUUUUUUCUUCUCUUUUAUUCCUUUUAUCUUAUUUUCCCCUCUUAUUUUUUCACUACUUGACAAUCAUUAUUGGGGAUAGGACCCCCAUGGUACCAGCAGGAUCGGGAAAUAGUGUAGGCUAUACCAGAACUCAACACCCCUCUGCAUUCUGUCAAUAUAUAUUUGUUUUCAACAUAAGACUUUGUGAUCUACUCUUGAAUGCAUCCAAAUUCAUGAAAAAUGCAGAAUUCCUGCUAUGAAAAAUAAAGAAAAAAUGAGGAAAAAAUAUAGAAAAACAAACUAAAAAAAGAUGGAAGGAAGAUCUCCAUAAUUCAGCAUAAAGGAUUACUUACUUUCAGCUUACCAAUGGAACACUGGUAGAUAAAGCAUCAGUAUUAAAGUUAACUUCACAAUCAUAUAAGGUACAUAUAUAUAUUUUUUAGAAUGCUUUAAAGGUGAAAUAUUAAUAACAGCCUAACAGGGUCAAAUAAAUGCAGCUUUAUAGGAGCUAGACCCAUGUAAAUGUAAGCUGCAAAUAAUGAAUACCUUGACUGCAAGUUAAAAGCUUUCGCUGAAUAUAGACUUUACAAUAGACUGAGCAGAUGAGUCUGAAAGUUGAGACUUUGAAGUCCAAGAAUAUAUUUUUGUAGAAUUACAAUUUACCCUUGAAUAUUAAGCCACCUUGUAAGAGCUCUUUAGAGAUAAUAUGACACAGAGAGAGAUUAAUAAAAUAGUUUGAGAAUAUUACUGAGAGGUGAAAUCUAUUAUACUAGUUUGAUCUCUCAAAUAUGCUGUCAAUAUGUAGUAUAUAUAUACUACACAAAUGAAUUUAUUAUGUUAUGUAUGAAUAUAUGAAAUCAAUCUUGAUAUGGUUCAUCAGGGUACAGAUAUAUUUAUAUACCCAGAAACAAUAAUGUAAUAUGAUGUGCACUAUAACAUUACAUGCCCACCCCUUCCCUGAUAAUAUAUGUAUAAGUAAUAUAAUGUGAUAUAUACUAACAUACUCAUCUUUCUCAACAUAUCCUGUCAUUUCAGAAGUACAAAAUGAUAUAAUGUUAUGUACACUAUAAUCUCUCCUUUCAUUCCCCCCUACAUGCCCCUUACUGCUCAUUUUCCCAUUAUUCUCUCCUAAAAUAUAAAAUUGAUAUGAUUGUAUGAAACUAUUGGUUUAUAAAAUAUAGGAUCAUAUUUCGACAUUUUUUAUUAGUUAUGUGCAAUAAAGCUUGCAAACUUUAAGUCCUUUAUAAUUGAAUUGACUUGAAUUAUUCUUUCACUUUGGGGUCAAACUAUCUGAACUGCCAAACAUGUGCUGGACACUUAUAUAUUUACGAGUAUCUGAAAUACAGUAUAAAUCAAAGUGGUACCAGAUAAAGAGCAAAUUAUGUAUACAGAGAUGAUCAAGCUUUCUCAAUAUUUGUUUAUUAAUAAGACUUCAAAGUCUUCUUGAUUAAUGUGUCUGGUAUACUGUAAAUCUGUUUUUUUUUUCUUCUAAUUUUGAAAUUAUAUUUAUCACCAUGCAUUGCUGCUGGAAACUAUUUCUUUUGAAUUAGGGACAAUCCGAAUUAUUUAAGCUAGCUUGUAAAAGCUCUGUACACCUGCUUAACUGGAUAUUUGUUGUUUAAAUGUAUUUGUAGAUGAUUAUACUCAAAGCAUAGAAGAAUAUUUGCAAAAUGGAUACUACAAUAUUUCUACACGUACAUGUAUCUCGUUCAUGCAAAUCCUUCAAGAUGAUUAAAUGAUAUAAAUAUACGGUUAUUCCUUGAUGCGGAUUUUCAUUGCUAAAGUAGCUUCAACAUUUAUAGGAAUACAAGGUGAUACAGUGUAACAUGUACAGUAUAUAUUUUACAAAUUGUGUUAUAGUUUAUUACUUUUUAUGAUAUUUAAAAAAAAGGUUGCAAAUAUGAAUGUUUGGAACAGGGUAUAUGUGCUACAUAUUCAGAUUUGAGCAUUUUAAUGCAUGCGAUGUGUUUGUGUGAAUUAUAUUAUCUCUACGAUGUAUAUAGCACUUUCACUGAUCAGCGUAUGGUCUUAUAAACAAUCAAGCUAUGUAGGGGGGGGGGUCCAGGUACUCAGUUCCAAAAGUAAAAAUUUCAACAAUUAAUGAAAGGCACAAAGAUUAUGGCCCGUACUCUGAAGUUAGGCCAUGGACUAACUAUGCUAAAGUUAUGGGAAGUUGAAAAUAUCAAAAUUUUGUAUAUAACGUUUGUUUCUUGUUUUUGCUUUCCCCAUGCUUCACUGGUGAAGACCAUUUGAGUCAUUAUUACCAUAGAGUUAUGAUUAAUUUGAUUAAUGUUGAGAGAUUCGUGGCACAAUUGGCUAUUUACAGUUAAACCACAACUUUAGACCACACUUUAAAUUGAACCCUUCAGAAUACGGGCCUAUAUGUUCAUCUCAAAUGUUUUGGGGUUUUUUUUUUGUAAUUGGUAGAAAGAAUAUUUUCUAUUUUGAAAAGAUUUUUACAAACUGCUUGUAAUCUUUGAAGUAGUGUGCUGUGUGUCAAUUGAUACUAUAUGGUGUGCGAAGUUAUUUUUUCUCUUCUUUUACUACACAUUCCACUUGUAUAUUAAGACCCCAUGUGCCUGUAUACAUUAAUUGACUUUACUUGGUUGAUAUCAUUCAUAUCAAAUGAAUAUUUACUUAUGUUGCUCAUUGGGUGAAAGAUUAAUAGAUCCCUCACCUGGGUCGUCCAGUCACGAAGCUUAAAAUAAUAAUUGUUCAUUAUCUUUUGGAUGGAAUUUUAUGAAUUGGUAUUUGAGGUUUAUUUAAAUAUGAAUAUAGGAGGUUAUCUGUUUGUGAUGUUUACAAUGUAUCACAAUGUUUUGAUUUACUUUAUUUUUUGGAUACUCUUUUUGUAUUGUAAAUAUGUAAAUAUGGAGCGCAAUAUUGAGAAAGAAUAGUCCAAAAUGUUUUUUUUUUUUUGAAAAUAUGGUUUUAUAUAACCUUUUCAGUUCUAACUACAUACUCUAUAAAAGCUAUUUUAAGAGAAAAUUCGAAUCUUGCGGUUUUAACCUCUUUAUAUGAUGUUAAUUUCAUCAUGUUCAUGGUAAGGAAUUCGCUAAUCUAUUGGUUGUAAAUGUUAGAAGUCAUGCUUCAUGUGAUUUUACAUCCAUUUAAUAUUUCCUUUCUUGUCAAGUAACAAAGACCGAGUUCGUGGACAUUUUAAAAUUUAUCUUUUUUCUCAUGUUUUCCUUUUUAGAACGUAAAAUGUGUGAUGUAAAUAAUAUUGACUGAAAAGUAAGGUCAAAGAUAGAAUAUAUUUGCAUGUUUUACGGUGAUAAGAUUUUUGUAGAAUGGAGUAGGAAUAAUCUGAACCGUCGCAGCUGAAUAACUUGUGUUAUUCAUACGGAAAAUAUAUGAUACGGAAAAUAUAUAAUAUAGAAACAACAACAACAAAGAUUCGAGUUCAACGACCAAGCUGAAUCACAUGUUAACCAUGUUAACUGAAAUAAUCUGGUUCACCAUGGCUGAAGAUACAUCAGUUCUCUCUUUUGAAAUAUGCUGAAAUUUUGUUUAUUUAUUCUUCAAGUUAUUGUUCUUAUGUAGGUUGUCCCGUCAAGUAUCUCUUUACAAUGUUAUACUUCUCUGCAUAAGCAUUAUUGGAAUGCAUUUAUCAGGUACUACUAGUACGUGGCUCACGUCAUAUCCUCGCAUUGAAUGCCCGCUUUUUCUUUUAACUGGAAAUGUAGCAGCUAAAAUAUCAAAGACGCUUUUCUGACUCAUUGAUUGUUAUUGUUAAAGUUAUGUAUAGAGAUUCACCCCCUCUUCACUUUUAUCGAAAUAAACUUAGCUGAAACCAAAUUCGUAUGUCACGUUUAAUGAAGCAUGGUCUUCCAGGGUAGACACGGUUAUGUAAAAGUUUCAGUAUGGAUGUUUUAUUGUUAUGAGUUUACUGUUUGUGAAUGGUAAUAGUUAUGAUAUUGGUGUCCCUAUGUUUGCUUUCGCUUUUUAAAUCAAAUGGAAGCAUAUGAAGUGAUAUCCCCGUGUAUAUAGAUCUUUGUAAAUAAAUGUAUUUACACAGUUAGUCAUCAAUCUUGACUCAUUGGUACAUUAAAACAAAAUAAUAAAUGA